AUGGAUCGUGUGAACGUGAUCUAUACACAAACGAUUUGGAGAGACAACGAAGAAGAUGUCGGAUUCACGAACAUGGGAUUCAUGGUCAAGAACAUUCUCGUGCACACCAGCGCUACGAAAAUUGCAAACGUGUAUAAUAUGCAUUACAACAUGGAAUUCGACGGCUGGGAUGCUGGCACCUUGCUUCAGCGCUUCUCUGAACUCCAAGGCUCCGAUAACUACUGCCUGGUACAUUUGUUCACAUAUCAAGGGUUCAAAGGAGGCGUACUAGGGCUCGGUUAUAUAGCGUCACCUCGUCCUGCCACAUCCGGCGGAAUAUGCGGCGUUCGUAAGCGUAAUAUUGCCUUUUCGUUUACCCGAUCUGGCAGACAGUUGUAUGUGUGCUCAGCGUCAUCUGUCAAAGGGAAGACAGUGUUUUUCAACACAGCGCUCAGCAGCGCUCGUAGCUUUUACGGAGGACCAGUUGUCACUCGGGAAGCAGAUCUCGUGACGGCCCACGAAUUGGGACAUAACUGGGGAAGCCUUCAUGAUCCCGCAAGCCCUGAGUGCUCGCCGAAACUCCGUGAGGGUGGACCAUACUUGAUGUACCUGUACUCAGUCAGUGGAUAUGAUCCGAAUAACAAAGUUUUCUCUCCAUGUAGCCGACGGGCCAUCAAGGCGGUUUUAGUUGAGAAGUCUUUGCUUUGUUUCACAGAACCACAACCGUCUUUCUGCGGAAACCAGCGCAUUGAGGAAGGCGAAGAAUGCGACGUUGGACUUGCCGGCGAAAGCAAUGAGGAUGUAUGCUGUUCGGCGAACUGUAAACUUAAACCUUCGGCGCAGUGCAGUGGCGAGAGCGCUGAAUGCCCAGACCAGAUAUUCAUGCCGGAUGGAACGCCUUGUCUAGACGAGGGCGAAUGCCGCAGCGGUGAGUGCGUAUCGUUUUGCGAACGGCAAGACAUUAACAUGGCGCCGUGCAUUUGCGAAAAUGUAACCGAAUCAUGCUAUCGCUGCUGUCGUGCGUCGAGCGCAGGCGAAUGCCAACCGUUUUUGACCGGUCCCAACAAAUCCGUCAAGUUGACGCUGGCGGACGGAACACGCUGCAUCCAAGGCUAUUGCAAAGGUGCUGUGUGCAAACGCGAAGUGCAAGACAUUAUCGAGUACAUGUGGGACAUUAUCGAAAAGCUGGACAUCAACGGCGCUGUAAAACUGUUGCGCAACAAUAUCGUCGGUGUGGUCAUAAUUCUAACGCUGAUGGUAUGGGUACCGGCCGGCAUUGUCGUACACCGCAUUGACAAAAAAAUGAAGCAGGAGCGCGACGAAGAAGAACGAUGGAAAAUGGGUGACAGAUUCGCUAUCGACGACAACAGAAUUACAAAAGUUAAACGCAUACAGUACAUCCACCUCCCCAAACCUGCUCCAACAGUUUAG